CAGAUUUCGGCUACAUCCGCCUCUUGCACCUCGCAAAUUUCCGGGGUCUUUCCUCCGAACAGCCCGUUUCACAGCUUGCUUCUUGGACAUAGAUUCCAUUAACGACGUGUCUUACAUGGCUCGUAUCAAGCAUCGUCGCCACAGCGGUGGCACACGAUCCUAUGAACACAUCCUGCGCGACGAUCCGCCCUCCUCACAGACCUACCAAGAUGCCAAGCGGCUCAAAAUGUACACUGAGAUCCACCUCCCCUCGUACAACGCUAUGGAGUCGCAAUUUCUAUCCGCCUCUACUCCGUCGCAGCGCCUGGAUUUCGCGUACGAAUUGGUCGAUCUGAUGCACCUGCUGUCAGACCACCCGGAUGAGGACAUCGGCAGAGAGUGGAGGGAGCGCGCCGAGCAACUGGAGGCGAUCAUCGAGGAUACCGAAAGUGCGUUCCACGGGGGUGGGGGACCUAGUCACGACGCAGGCGCAGGCGCGGCGAAGAAGCAGAAGAGCGGUAAGAAGAAAAAUAAGGGCAAGAACAAGAAAACGCAAGGCGAGCCGACCUCGCCGCCGACUGGUCAUAAACCGGAUGACACCCUCCCGGAUCGCUUGGCUGACGACCAUGACCACAACGACAACCACGACCAAGACCACGAACGCGACCUAAAGCACGAUCGCGACCCAGACCCAGACCCAGACCACGACCACGACCACGACCACGACCAUGAAACUCAUGCUCAUACUCACGCUUACACCCACACCCACACUCACACUAACACUCAGACUCACACUCGUACCCCUUCUCAUGAUGACGACUCUCACGACCAAUCAGGAGCGCCCCCCGAGCCGCGCGAGCGCACCUGGGGUGAAUACGUCGGGGCGUCAAUCCUAUUCGUCGUUCUAGUUGUGCUCUCUCUCGCGUCAUUCUAUUGCCUCGUCUGGUUCGGGAAGAGUUUGGGGCCCUCGCCAUUCGAGUGGGACAAUCCACAUCCCGGUAUACAUCUGCUGCCAAUACUCUCGCAGUCUCAUAUAUUCCGCAGGCAGCCCACGCACUGCGCCGUCCAGGGUGAAAUGCGAGUCGAAACGCUGCGCCGCCAGCUAGUGCUCGUAUUGGCAGCCGCACCACGGAGUGAUGUGUCCCUUUACAUGGCUCUGUGGUCCGGACACCGGUUAGGGGCGAGUGCGGAUGACUUUGGCUGGCACGCUCAGCUACCAGACGAUACGGGACGAAGACGAGGAGGAUGUGGCCGGCCGUCGCUGUCGCUGCUGCAUUCGGGGCUCUUUCUGCCGCAUCUCUCCACACACGCCACGACCGAAGCUGUUCCUCGAGCUGCCCUUCCUCUUGUUGCUGGUUGCUGAUACUGCGCGGGUCAACCAAUGGGUGACACCCUCCUUGGAUCUGGGCGUUCACGUGACAUGGAAUCUGUUCAGCUCGCUGAUCAGACUCGGAUGCACUCGCAAACGACGAGUUGUCCGCGAACGGCUGCUUGGGCGAAUCCGAUAAUGAGCACCCACAAAGUGGAUUUUCGGCCGGCUAAGCUCUUUUUGUCAGAGCAUGCGUAUUCCCGCUGAAGGAUUGACAGCUU